AUGGCUGCCAGCUUAGGCGCGACAUCGCUAGCGGAUGUGUACCACGAAGGACUAGAUGAGAUCUUGCGUGACCUGGCAAAUGUCUAUCCUGCCGGCCCUGAUCACGAGUCACAACUUCUAGGCGUCCCAGUCCUUGAUGCCUUACUGGAAGUCUUCAUGCAGAGAACAAUGGGGUCGUCUGUUGAUGCUCCUCACCAACGAUUAUCGCGAGAGCAGAUUCUAACGGAAGACGAAGAGAUGCUUCUUCGAGGCGACACGAAUGAAAACGUGCGCGAACCUGGUGAAGAACCAGCUGCCAGUGGCCUGCCUUCCAACGUCUUGUUCGCCCACUCAGCCAAUCGAAGCAAAAUGCCCAGUCCGGUCGUGGAGAUUUCAAGUAGCUUAUCGGCCUCUGGAAAAUCCCAGUUGCUUUACUAUUUGAUCGCGCGUGCCAUCUUGCCGCGGUCAUUCGGAGACAACCCAGUCGGAGGGCACGAGGCGGCCGUCGUUUUACUUGACACCGAUGACCGUUUUGACGCUGGAGUAUUCCGAAUUGUGGCCCGAGGAGUUGUACAGCAGGCACAAGACCUCACUGAUUCAAAUGGGAACAACACGGCUCAAGGUCCAUCUGACGAUGAGCUCGAAACAAUCGUGAGUUCUGCACUGCAGCACCUUCAUGUCUUUCGCCCUCAGUCAUCCUCUGCCCUCCUAGCCACGCUGUGCGCUCUGGACGCCUAUCUUUUCAAUCUCUCGCGUCACUACUCGGGCUCGCGUCCGCUGCAGAUGAUUGCUCUUGACAGCAUCACGGCAUUCUUCUGGCAAGACCGGCUACGUGACGAAAUUGCACGCACCGAAGACAUUGGCCGCCCUUGGGCGGAGAUUGAACAAGAGCGUGAGCAAAAGCAAAGCUUCUACCUCUCAGAUUUGUAUGCCGAGCUCGUUACGAAGUUAAAGCGACUACAGGGCCGGUUUGGCUGCACAGUUGUAUACACUGCGACGGUCUCUAGUGGUCGGCCCUUAACAAUCAAUAGUAGCCAUUUUUCUCUUGGCCCUUAUGACCGACCUCCAUCACGAACACCGUCACUCCGGCCAGUUCUUCCUGCGCCGUGGGGAAACUUCCCAACCCUUCGUCUUGUUGUCCAUCGCGACCUGGUGCGCUCGUUCCCACCCGCAAUAAGUGCGCACGAUGCGAGGAAAGAUGCUCCCGCGCGGCAGAACAUUGUGCGAGAGGGCAAGUUUUCGGCUUGGGUCAAUUCAUGGGGGCGCGAAGAAUGGCCUCGUCGGGUAUCGGACAGCGUUGACGCCCUCAAUGGCGGAUGCUUUUCUUUCUACGUGGGUGAGACUGGAAUUAAGAUACCCCCAAUCUGA